CUUUAACCCCUGUGGGAAACUAUAAGACCGCCCUUGGAUAAGACCCCGUCUUUAAACUCAAACACUAACAAACUUCAGAGUAUUUUCGUCUUUUAGUAUCCCCCCAUCACCACACACUGGGGCCCCGCCUUCUCGCUCCGGAAUGGCUUCACAAAGGAUUUGCCGACGUUUGGGAAUUCCGCCUAUAGCUCCUUUUUUACCGACACUUGUGCGCUGGAAUCGGCCCAGGAUGACCAAGGAUCCCACCCAUCUCGGUUAAUUUGACAACACAAAGGACUUCGCCGAACCCAAAAGAAACCGCCUACUAUUCCAAAUAAGGGUCGUCUCUCCAUGUACGGCAAACAAUCGGUUGGAGUGCCCUUUUCUCUUCCGUAUCCCGUUUAUAUGAUCGGGGAGACUGUGCUGCAAGUUACAGCGGUGCAAUCAUGGCGGAGCGAGUCCAGCAGCCCCCGGCCAAGCGGCUCUGCUGCAGGCCCGGCUACAACCCGGCAUGCAGACAGGGGCAGCGGGCUGGAGGAGUACUGUGUGGCGGUCCGGGGUCCGCUCCAGGGGGAUCGGGAAAAACACACAACCCCGAAUCGCUGCUAGACAUAGCGGCGCGGAGAGUCGCGGAGAAGUGGCCCUUCCAACGGGUGGAGGAACGGUUCGAACGUAUUCCUGAACCCGUCCAGAGAAGGAUCGUGUACUGGUCCUUUCCGAGGAGCGAAAAGGAGAUCUGCAUGUAUUCUUCGUUCAACGCCGGAGGAGAAGAGAGUGGAACUAUCGGGGAAAAUCAUGAAGAGACUCAGCUGCCUUUCCUACGGGGUGUCACUCUGCUGGAGGGCGGCUGGGUGGACAACGUACUGCAAGUCGGGUUUCAUCUGAGUGGCACGGUAACAGACCCGGCCACGUCCUCUCAGCCUGAGAUAAUCUGCAGCGUGAGCGUCAGCUUCGACCGCUGUAAGAUCACCGCAGUAACCUGUAGCUGCGGCAACAAGGACAUCUUCUACUGCGCCCACGUUGUAGCGCUGGCCCUGUACCGCGUACGGAAGCCCGAUCAGGUCAAACUGCACCUGCCCAUCUCAGAGACACUGUUCCAGAUGAGCCGAGAUCAGCUGCAGAAGUUUGUCCAGUACCUGAUAUCAGUGCAUCAUACGGAGGUGUUGCCCACCGCACAGAAACUGGCUGAUGAGAUACUGUCAACUAACUCCGAGAUCAACCAGGUCCACGGGGCCCCGGAUCCCACGGCAGGAGCCAGUGUAGAUGAUGAGAACUGUUGGCACUUGGAUGAGGAGCAGGUCCAGGAGCAGGUGAAACUCUUCCUCUCUCAGGGAGGAUACCACGGCUCUGGGAAACAACUCAACCUGCUGUUCAGUAAGGUGAGGGAGAUGCUUCGUAUGCGUGACUCCAACGGUGCCAGGAUGUUAACACUGAUCACAGAACAGUUCAUGGCCGACCCUCGCCUGGCACUGUGGAGACAGCAGGGCACCACCAUGACAGACAAGUACAGACAGCUUUGGGAUGAACUAGGUGCUCUGUGGAUGUGCAUCGUGCUAAACCCCCACUGUAAGACGGAGCAGAAGUGUUGGUGGCUAAAACAGCUGAGGAGGUGGAACAGCGUGGACGUGUGUCCCUGGGAGGAUGGUAACCAUGGCAACGAUCUGCCCAACCUCACCCACUCCCUGCCUCAGGGUGCCCAUGGCAACCAAGAGUUGCGUCCCCACAGGACGGUGUUCACGCGGGCCAUCGAGGCGUGUGACCUCCAUUGGCAGGACCGCCACCUGCAGCACAUUAUCGCCAGUGGCCUCUACGCCAACUAUUGUUACCACGACAACCAGGAUGGCUCGCUCUUCGACACACGCGGAUGGCCCAUGUGGCACGAACACGUUCCGACGGCGUGUGCUCGGGUGGACGCCCUGCGUUCCCAUGGUUACCCCCGUGAAGCGCUGCGAUUGGCCAUUGCCGUGGUGAAUACACUACGGCGGCAGCAGCAGAGGCAGCUGGAGCAUUUCCGCAGACAUAAGAAAGAGCUGCUCCAUAAAGGUAUCACCUCCAUAACCAACAUGGAGGGCUGGGUGGGUCACCCUCUAGAUCCCAUCGGCACCCUGUUCAGCACCCUCACUGAGACGGGACGGGGGGCAGAGGAGGGGGCCAACACAUGCCUUGACCUUUCAGACUGUUCCAGCGUGGUGAGUCAUGCAGAGCUGCAGCGGUUUCCAGUGCAGCGUUUGCUAGGCGAGGGGGAAUCGUACGUGGCGCUGGCCGUAGAGACUGCUCUGAUUGGCUUAGGCCAGCAGAGGGUGAUGCCUGACGGGCUGUAUGCCCAGGAGAAGGUGUGUCGCAACGAAGAGCAGCUAUUAGCCAAGCUGCAGGAAGUGGAGCUGGAUGACAUGCUGGUCAAGAUCUUCCGCAAGCAAGCGGUCUUCCUGUUAGAGAGUGGGCCGUACAGCGGCCACGGAGAGAUUGUCCACAGAGAGAGUGUUCCCAUGCACACCUUCACCCGCUACCUCUUCACCUCUCUCCUACCUCACGACGCUGAACUGGCGUACAAGAUUGCACUCAGAGCCAUGCGGUUGCCUGUGUUGGAGUCCACAGCCUCGUCAGGUGACCUGUCGCGACCCCAUCACAUGGUGUCUGUGGUCCCUAACCGUUACCCUCGCUGGUUCACACUCACCCACAUAGAAUCCCAGCAGUGUGAACUGGCCUCCACCAUGCUCACUGCAGCCAAAGGUGAUAGUCGUAAGCUGGAGACUGUACUAGAGUCCAUCCAGAAGAACAUCCAUUCCUCAUCUCACAUCUUUAAACUGGGCCAGGAUGCCUUCAAGAUCGCUACUCUGAUGGACAGCCUGCCAGACAUCACACUGCUCAAAGUCUCACUGGAGCUGGGGCUGCAGGUGAUGAGGAUAACCUUGUCUACGUUGAACUGGAGGAGGAGGGAGAUGGUACGGUGGUUAGUUACCUGUGCCACUGAAGUAGGGGUGUAUGCGUUGGACAGCAUCAUGCAGAGUUGGUUCACCCUCUUCACCCCGACUGAGGCCACCAGCAUCGUGGCCACCACCGUCAUGUCCAACACCACCAUCGUCCGGCUGCACCUGGACUGUCACCAGCAGGAGAACCUGGCCUCGUCCGCCCGGACCCUGGCCCUGCAGUGUGCCAUGAAGGACCCCCAGAACUGUGCCCUCUCCGCCCUCACGCUCUGCGAGAAGGACCACAUAGCCUUCGAGACGGCCUACCAGAUCGUUCUGGAUGCGGCUGCCACGGGGAUGAGCUACACACAGCUGUUCACGAUAGCCAGGUACAUGGAGCACAGGGGGUACCCUAUGAGGGCGUACAAGCUAGCCACGCUAGCCAUGGCUCAUCUAAACCUCAGCUACAACCAGGAUACCCACCCAGCCAUCAACGACGUGCUGUGGGCCUGCAAUCUGAGUCACUCGCUAGGAAAGAACGAGCUGGCCGCCGUCAUCCCCCUGGUGGUGAAGAGUGUGAAGUGUGCCACGGUGCUGUCGGAUAUUUUGCGGCGGUGCACACUGACCACACCGGGGCUGGUGUCCUCACUGCACAGCCGUAGGAACUCUGGGAAGCUGAUGUCACUGGACAAAGCUCCUCUCAGGCAGCUGCUGGAUGCUACCAUCGGGGCCUACAUCAACACCACGCACUCUCGCCUCACGCACAUCAGCCCACGCCACUACAGCGAGUUCAUAGAGUUCCUGGGGAAGACCCGGGAGACGUUCCUCAUGGCCCAAGAUGGACACAUCCAGUUCACACAGUUCAUAGACAACCUCAAACAGAUCUAUAAGGGAAAGAAGAAACUCAUGAUGCUGGUGAGGGAGAGGUUCGGCUGACCAGGGUCGGCCUCUAGGGAUAGGUUCGGCUGACCAGGGUCGGCCCCUAGGGAUAGGUUCGGCUGACCAGGUUCGGCUGACCAGGGUCGGCCCCUAGGGAUAGGUUCGGCUGACCAGGGUCGGCCCCUAGGGACAGGUUCGGCUGACCAGGGUCGGCCCCUAGGGACAGGUUCGGCUGACCAGGGUCGGCCCCGAGGGACAGGUUCGGCUGAACAGGGUCGGCCCCGAGGGACGGGUUCGGCUGAACAGGGUCGGCCCCGAGGGACAGGUUCGGCUGACCAGGGUCGGCCCCGAGGGACAGGUUCGGCUGACCAGGGUCGGCCCCGAGGGACAGGUUCGGCUGACCAGUGUCGGCCCCGAGGGACAGGUUCGGCUGACCAGGGUCGGCCCCUAGGGACAGGUUCGGCAGACCAGGGUCGGCCCCGAAGGGGAGGUUCGGCUGACCAGGGUCGGCCCCUAGGGACAGGUUCGGCAGACCAGGGUCGGCCCCGAGGGACAGGUUCGGCUGACCAGGGUCGGCCCCUAGGGACAGGUUCGGCUGACCAGGGUCGGCCCCCGAAGGGGAGGUUCGGCUGACCAGGGUCGGCCCCUAGGGACAGGUUCGGCAGACCAGGGUCGGCCCCGAGGGGGAGGUUCGGCUGACCGGGGUCGGCCCCUAGGGACAGGUUCGGCUGACCGGGGUCGGCCCCUAGGGACAGGUUCGGCAGACCGGGGUCGGCCCCUAGGGACAGGUUCGGCAGACCAGGGUCGGCCCCUAGGGACAGGUUCGGCUGACCAGGGUCGGCCCCUAGGGACAGGUUCGGCUGACCAGGGUCGGCCCCCGAAGGGGAGGUUCGGCUGACCAGGGUCGGCCCCUAGGGACGGGUUCGACUGACCAGUGUCGGCCCCUAGGGACAGGUUUGGCAGACCAGGGUCGGCCCCGAGGGGGAGGUUCGGCUGACCAGGGUCGGCCCCUAGUACUUUUAUAUUAACUUGAGUCUGCCUUUUGAACUUCUUUGGACUUAAACAUGGACAAGUAAAGAGUUGGAAGACAAAGCAAAAGAAGAAGGAAAAAACUAUUUCCAGAGCCACACAGUAUUAUCAUUCUUGCUGUUAUUGUUAUAAACAUUAUUACUAUUAUUAUUAUUACUGUGUACAGUACUAUGUGUGUUUUAUUUUCAGAAGAGGAAAUGUCACGUUGUGAAUGUUGCGUGUGUUUUUCCAUGUGUGUGCGAGAGGAAAAAGCAGAUAACAGAAAUGUUUAUUAUUAUUAGCAUCCCCCUGUUUUAUAUCUUGGUUUUAUACUGAGUAUAUGUCAAGUGGCUUAAAAUCCCUUGUGCGAAAGCGCUUGUUUAAAAACACAUUGGCAGCCUCAAAGAGACACUAGGGCUUUAAAACCACACAGACCUGACUAUUGGAAGCACUGCACAGCUCGGCUCCAUGAGAAAACCACCAUUUAGUAUUUCUGUUGACUCGUCACUUGUGUUUUCUCUGUGUCAUAGGUAUUAGUUAGAUUCUAGUUUUGGAAAAAUAGUCUUAACAGACUGGUGUUGUUUCAGAUGCAGUAAUCAUAACUAUCUGUGUUAGAUUAAGGACAACAAUGCAGGACAACAGUAAUGGCACAUGGGCCAUAAGAUGAGGAUAUGGAGUAUUAUCAAGAGUACCAGCAUUGUAUAUAUUAUGCCAGAAAUAUCCCACACUGUAACAACAAAUCAUGUUUACAGUAAAGUUUAGAGUAAUGUACCGUUAAACAGAAGUUUCUUUGGAAUUCAUGGUAACCUUUUUUACAGGUAACUAACUGGCUGCCAGUAAGUUACCGUAAAAACAACAGGAUAUAUAUAUAUAUUUUUUUUUACAGUGCACAAUGUACUUAAAACCAACAAACCUGUAAUUGUGGGUUAGUUACUGGUUCAAGUCUUAGGACUUGACAAGACUAACCUUCACAAGACUAGCCGGGUUACCUGACUGUUUAUGUAUUCACAAAACUAACCUUCACAAGACUAGCCGGGUUACCUGACUGUUUCUGUAUUCACAAAACUAACCUUCACAAGACUAACCUUCAGAAGACUAACCUUCACAAGACUAGCCAGGUUACCUGACUGUUUAUGUAUUCACAAGACUAACCUUCAGAAGACUAACCUUCACAAGACUAGCCAGGUUACCUGACUGUUUAUGUAUUCACAAGACUAACCUUCAGAAGACUAACCUUCACAAGACUAGCCAGGUUACCUGACUGUUUAUGUAUUCACAAGACUAACCUUCAGAAGACUAACCUUCACAAGACUAGCCAGGUUACCUGACUGUUUAUGUAUUCACAAGACUAACCUUCAGAAGACUAACCUUCACAAGACUAGCCGGGUUACCUGACUGUUUCUGUAUUCACAAGACUAACCUUCAGAAGACUAACCUUCACAAGACUAGCCGGGUUACCUGACUGUUUCUGUAUUCACAAGACUAGCCGGGUUACCUGACUGUUUAUGUAUUCACAAGACUAACCUGGUGACCUGGCUGUUUCUGUAUUCACAAGACUAGCCGGGUUACCUGACUGUUUCUGUAUUCACAAGACUAGCCGGGUUACCUGACUGUUUCUGUAUUCACAAGACUAGCCGGGUUACCUGACUGUUUCUGUAUUCACAAGACUAGCCGGGUUACCUGACUGUUUCUGUAUUCACAAGACUAGCCGGGUUACCUGACUGUUUCUGUAUUCACAAGACUAGCCGGGUUACCUGACUGUUUCUGUAUUCACAAGACUAGCCGGGUUACCUGACUGUUUAUGUAUUCACAAGACUAACCUGGUGACCUGGCUGUUUCUGUGUACACAAGAAUACAGGCUGGGUAACUAAUUACAGUGCCAAAGUUACCAGGGUUCUAGUUGUACAGAUGUAGGAUCUUAAUUGGAUCACCUGCAACAGGCAGUUAACCCACUGUUCCUAGGCCGUCAUAAAUAAAGGUAAAAAUAAAAAAUACAGGAAAUGUUUUACUUGUAUUUUGAUGUUUAAAGUGGUUUAAUUUCCACUUUUCCACAAUUUCUGACUUGAUUUUCCCUUAUGAAAAAUGUAUCAACCCCUACAAAAAUGUCAAUUUAUUUUAUACACAGUUCAAAUUUCCUGUUGCUGCAGGAUUAUUUUCCUGCUGUAGCAAACAGGCUCAAAUUAGGAUCGCACAUCUGUAGAAUCGGUGAGUGUAGCUCCAGAAUGGGCCAGUGUCAAUACUUCUGUGCACGUGGAACCAUAGGAUAAUUAGAAUUCCAUUAUAAUACAGUUUUAAUAGGCCUAUUCUAUGUGUAUAACCUUCAGCAACUGUCAAAAGACGUUCUCAGGGAUUUCUCUAAAACUAACAGGAAAAAGGAAGAAGGAAUGAGUACAGGAAACAAUGAUAUGAGCAUGUAUUGUACUGUGUAUGGACGAUUCAAACGUAUAUGUUAACUCAUUUAUACAGAGUAUUCUAUGUAAUGUGACAUACUUGAAGCUGCUGUAGCUUGCUCUUUUUUUCUCUUAGUGUUUUUUCUUUCAAUUUCAUUUUUUUUUUACCACAGAACACAUCACAUUGGCCUUGCUAAUGGAGGGUCACUGUAGGCUCACAAGGGUAGUGUCAGUACUAAGACAUUGGUUCAGAUUAUCGAACUGCUAUCAACAGUUUGAUUUGGUGUCUAUUCAAGGUAUUGGAGCACAGUGAAAAUAUGAUCUUGUUCUCUCAAGGGUUACGUAACACAAUGAACAGAUGUAUGUAUUUGACUGAUGUACAGUAUUCCAUUGACAUGUCAUAUGAUAACCCGAGCAUUGAUUUUUCAUUACGUGGCAUCAUAACAUUGAUCAGCUGUUGAGAAAUGACCAACACCCAGUUGUGUAUAACUCUGGUCCUCGAAGGACACGGGGUCUUCUGGUUCUCUUCCUUAUCUGGUACUCCCAGACUUUAGAGUUAUAUCUGGCUAAUCAGUGGUGUGAAAGCUAGGUCAGUCAGUGAUACUAAGUGAUCUAUUAAAACCAGCAGGGCUGUCACCCUUCAGGACAAGAGUUGUGCUCCACUGAAAUGUCCGCUUGCUUCUGAACACGCCACAGACCAGACCACUCUGUGUGUCUUCCUGUACGAGGUCCGGCUAUUGUACUAAUAACUUGUCUUGUUUCUUUAUUUUUCUGUUUUUUGUUGAAGUGCUUUCUCUUUUGUUCUUUAAAGAAUAAACAGCCUUCUCUCUUGCCUUGUUUUGAAGUAACCAAACAGGAGUUCUAACAACCAAACACGUUCCAAGAAGUGAAAGCCAAGCCACCUUGGUCCCAGCUUUAGUGUCCUUAAUUAGUAACUGAAUGGCUCUGUAAACACUGUGCUUUUAACGAAGCAUUUCCUCGUGUGUUUGGUGGAAAACUUUGUCCUGUGUGUCUCGUCCUCUAAUGAAUGGAUUUCCUCUUUCUCUCUAGCUGUUUUUUUUCUUCUGUUCAUGUAGGAAAUGGAAUCUUCUGUUUUCACACUUUAUUUAUUAUAAUGAUACAUGUAUACAUGGUGUAUACAUGCUUAUGAAAUUAAGAUUUGAUUCACCAAUAUCAAUUUAUUUAUGUAACUAAAAUCACUGUUUUAUAAUCUUUUUUUUGUUUGUCUUAAUUAAAGUUAGUUUUUUUAAAGGUA